UUCCACCUAAUCUCCCUCACCUUUAUUCUUCUUCUAUUUCCUCUUCACGUAUACUCUCUCUCUACUCUCUCUCUCUAAACUCCACAAACUCCGAUCACCAAAAUGGUCACUUUCCGACCCGUUUUCACCAAACUCAUCUCCAUCCUCUUCCUCCUCCUCCACCUCGGCUGCUUUACCAUCAUCACCACCGAUCACCACCACCGUCGCCGCCGUAAAAAACCAUCCUCACCCCUCCCUCUCCUCCGCCCCACCACCACCAAAAUCCUCAAACCCAAUAAAACAUGGUACUCCUUCAUCAAACGGAUCUUCUCAUUCAAACCCACUUCCCAACCCGACCCGAACUCCAUCAUCCACUACGUACCCGCUUCUCCAGCCUCCUCAACCCGCUCAUUACGCAACACCAACCCGACCCGACCCGGAUCCUUAACCGACUCCGACUUCUUCCCACUUCGAAACGACAUUUACCCGUGCACCAAUUGUGGAGAAGUGUUCCAAAAACCGGGUUCUCUUGAGCAGCAUUUGGCCUUUAAACACGCCGUUUCCGAGUUAUCCGAUGAUGAUCCCGGGAAGAACAUUGUUCGGAUCAUUUUUGAAACGGGUUGGCCCGGACCCGGAUCCGGGAAAAACCCGAUAGUUUAUCGGGUCAUGAAGAUUCAUAACUGUCCUAAGAUACUAACCCGGUUCGAAGAGUAUCGUGAGGUUGUUAAGUCCAAGGCGGCAAGGUAUGGUGGCGUAAGGCGGAGGGAUGAGCGGUGUAUCGCCGAUGGUAACGAGCUACUUCGGUUUUACUGCACCACGUUUUUAUGUGACCUCGGCCAAAACGGUAAUUCCAGCAUUUGUAGCCACCAGUAUUGUAGUGUGUGUGGGAUAAUCCGGGUCGGGUUUUCGUCGAAAAUGGACGGGAUAUCCACUUAUUCAACAAGUUGGAAAGGACACGUGGCACUUCCUGAAGACAUCGAGGAGGAGUUCCGGUUCAUGCACGUGAAACGGGCGAUGCUAGUGUGCCGGGUGAUAGCGGGUCGGGUCGGGUGUGAUCCGGAAAUGGGGGACAAGGAUGACCCGGGAUAUGAUUCAUUGGUCGGGAGGGGACCCGGUGUGGGAGAGACCAGGUUGGAAGAAGAGGAUGAAAUAAUUGUAUUUAAUCCAAGGGCUGUGCUUCCUUGUUUUGUGAUCGCGUAUACCGUUUGAUUGUGAUCGUGUGGCUGUGAGGUUUUGGUAGGAGUAGGAAGUAUAAGGGGUGGAAUGUAUUUUAUAAAAGCUUUUGUUGCAACAAGAUCCUAAGAACUUAGUUGCUUUUUGGGAGCACGAUCGAGAAGAUGAUUGCACCCACUUUGUUGUGUUUCAUGUAACUUAUGACUUGUACUUUAAUCUUUAAAAGGUUGUUUAUUGUUUCUUUAA